CCCUGAGGGCGGCGGCGACCGUGGUAAUUACAGCCGCUCGGGGGCAGGGCUUGCCCCAGCGCAGAGUAGUGGCAACGGCUUGUCGAGUCUGGGGUGCCUGGGAGCCGGGAGUCCCGGGGACGUGAAAUCGGCAGACCCACUUUCCCUUCCAGGAAGAGGCGCUGCCGAAUCCACGCGGGGCAGCGAGACCGCCCCGAGGGGCUUCCUCAGUGAAGGAGAAGUGGGGUUCCAGGGCACAGGUGACAGGGCCGAAGAAAGAUGGAGCAGCCCGGGGCGGCGGCGGCGUCGAGCGUGGGAGGCAGCGGCGAGGAACCCGGUGGGGGCCGAAGCAACAAGCGGAGCGCGGGGAACCGGGCCGCCAACGAAGAGGAAACGAAAAACAAACCUAAAUUGAACAUUCAAAUAAAAACUUUGGCAGAUGAUGUGCGUGACCGAAUUACAAGUUUCAGAAAAUCUACUGUAAAAAAGGAAAAACUUCUUAUCCAACAUCCUCUUGAUUCUCAAGUUGCGAUGAAUGAGUUUCCAGCUGCUCAGCCAUUAUACGAUGAACGAUCUUUGAAUUUGUCCGAAAAGGAAGUACUGGAUUUAUUUGAAAAAAUGAUGGAGGAUAUGAACCUUAAUGAAGAGCGAAAAGCUCCUUUACGAAACAAAGAUUUUACCACCAAGCGUGAGAUGGUCGUCCAGUAUAUUUCUGCUACUGCCAAAUCUAUAGUUGGAAGUAAAGUUACGGGAGGACUGAAAAACAGCAAACAUGAAUGCACCCUAUCUUCACAAGAAUAUGUUCAUGAAUUACGAUCUGGUAUUUCUGAUGAGAAACUCCUUAACUGCCUAGAAUCUCUGAGGGUUUCUUUAACCAGCAAUCCUGUCAGCUGGGUUAACAACUUUGGCCAUGAAGGUCUUGGACUCUUGUUGGAUGUGCUGGAAAAGCUUCUGGACAAGAAACAGCAAGAAAAUAUUGACAAGAAGAAUCAGUAUAAACUUAUUCAGUGCCUCAAAGCAUUUAUGAACAAUAAGUUUGGAUUGCAAAGGAUUCUAGGAGAUGAAAGAAGUCUUUUACUCCUAGCAAGAGCAAUUGACCCCAAACAACCCAACAUGAUGACUGAAAUAGUAAAAAUACUUUCAGCUAUUUGCAUCGUUGGAGAAGACAACAUUCUAGAUAAACUUUUAGGGGCUAUAACUACAGCAGCAGAACGAAAUAACAGAGAACGAUUUUCACCAAUUGUGGAAGGAUUAGAAAACCAUGAAGCUUUGCAAUUACAGGUGGCCUGCAUGCAGUUUAUAAAUGCGCUUGUCACAUCUCCUUAUGAGCUUGAUUUUCGAAUACAUUUAAGGAAUGAAUUCCUUCGUUCAGGAUUAAAAACAAUGUUACCAGAUUUGAAAGAAAAAGAGAAUGAUGAACUUGAUAUUCAGUUGAAAGUAUUUGAUGAGAACAAAGAGGACGACCUAACUGAAUUAUCACACCGUCUCAAUGACAUUCGCGCAGAAAUGGAUGAUAUGAAUGAAGUAUACCAUCUUCUGUAUAAUAUGUUGAAGGACACUGCUGCUGAAAAUUAUUUAUUAUCCAUUCUACAACAUUUUUUGCUCAUCAGAAAUGACUAUUAUAUCAGGCCGCAGUAUUACAAAAUAAUUGAGGAGUGUGUUUCACAGAUAGUGCUGCACUGCAGUGGAAUGGAUCCAGAUUUCAAGUAUAGACAAAGAUUAGACAUUGAUUUUACUCAUCUGAUAGAUUCUUGUGUGAAUAAGGCAAAAGUUGAAGAAAGUGAACAAAAAGCAGCAGAAUUUUCAAAGAAGUUCGAUGAAGAAUUCACGGCUCGACAGGAAGCUCAAGCUGAGCUUCAAAAAAGAGAAGAAAAAAUCAAAGAACUUGAAACAGAAAUCCAGCAACUUCGAACCCAGGGACCUAGUUCAUCAGGAAUUCCAGGCCCUCCUCCACCACCUCCAUUGCCAGGCGGUGGGCCAUCCCCACCUCCACCUCCACCACCUCUGCCCGGAGUAGGUCCCCCACCUCCGCCUCCUUUACCUGGGAUGCCUGGAAUACCACCACCACCGCCACUGUUCGGGGGACCUCCUCCACCACCUCCCCUUGGAGGAGUUCCUCCACCUCUGGGAAUACCCUUUGAUCUGCCAUAUGGAAUGAAGCAGAAAAAAGUAUAUACACCUGAGGUGUCCAUGAAGAGGAUCAAUUGGUCAAAGAUUGAACCCAAAGAAUUGUCUGAGAAUUGUUUCUGGUUGAAAGUCAAGGAGGAGAAGUUUGAAAAUCCAGAUCUCUUUGCAAAAUUGGCACUGAAUUUUGCUACCCAGAUGAAAGUUCAAAAGAAUGCAGAAGCUUUAGAAGAAAAGAAGACCAUACCUACAAAGAAGAAAGUGAAAGAGUUGAGAAUUUUGGAUCCCAAAACAGCACAGAAUCUUUCUAUCUUCCUAGGAUCGUAUCGUAUGCCAUAUGAAGAAAUAAAAAACGUCAUUCUGGAGGUUAAUGAAAGCAUGUUGAGUGAGCCCUUAAUUCAGAACCUUGUAAAACAUCUUCCUGAGCAGAAGGUACUCAAUGAACUAGCACAGCUGAAGAAUGAAUAUGAGGACCUCUGUGAACCUGAACAGUUUGGAGUUGUGAUGAGCUCAGUGAAAAUGUUGCGGCCUCGUCUCAAUAGCAUUCUUUUCAAGCUCACAUUUGAAGAACAUGUAAACAACAUCAAGCCAAGCAUCAUAGCAGUAACUCUGGCCUGUGAAGAACUGAAGAAAAGUGAAAGUUUUAACAGACUUUUAGAGUUAGUUCUUUUGGUUGGAAACUACAUGAACUCAGGCUCAAGAAAUGCCCAGUCUUUGGGUUUUAAGAUCAACUUUCUAUGUAAGAUCCGAGAUACUAAAUCAUCAGAUCAAAAGACCACCCUCUUGCAUUUCCUUGCUGAAAUUUGUGAGGAAAAUUACCAGGAUAUCCUGAAAUUUACUGAUGAACUGGAGCAUGUAGAAAGUGCAAGCAAAGUUUCAGCUCAAAUUCUCAAGAGCAACCUUGCAGCAAUGGAACAACAAAUUGUCCAUCUGGAACGUGACAUCAAGCAAUUCCCCAAAACAGAAAAUCAACAUGAUAAGUUUGUGGAAAAGAUGACAAGCUUUACAAAGAGUGCCAGAGACCAGUAUGAAAAACUACUCACCAUGCACAACAACAUGGUAAAGCUCUAUGAGAAUCUUGGAGAAUACUUUAUUUUUGACUCUAAGACUGUGAGCAUAGAAGAAUUCUUUGGUGAUCUCAGCAACUUUCGAACUUUGUUCCUGGAAGCAGUGAAAGAAAACCACAAGAGAAAAGAACUGGAAGAGAAGACUAGGAGGGCGAAGCUUGCAAAAGAGAAAGCUGAACAAGAAAAGUUGGAACGCCAGAAGAAAAAGAAACAACUCAUUGAUAUAAACAAAGAGGGUGAUGAGACGGGCGUGAUGGAUAAUCUUCUGGAAGCCCUGCAAUCAGGGGCAGCAUUCCGAGACCGCAGAAAGCGGAUUCCAAGGAAUCCAGGGGGACUACUUUGCUCAUCCUGUGCUUGGAGGGAAACUUCACUUACCCCAGUCUAACUGUCCCUCCUACUCUCUGACAAAGACUCUUGAGUCCCAAUUCCACAUUGCUAUGUGAGGAAUGUUAUUUGGCGCAUCUAGCCCCCCAUAUGUUUUCUGCACUAGAGCCUAGGUUGGCUGCUCUUUAGGUCAGGUUCCUCUCCAGGUUCAAUCAGCUAUUCCUACUUGUGUCAUAUAAAUAAUUUAAUUCUCACAACAACCCCAUUUAUAAAGUACUAUUACCAUAUCCCUUUUAUAGAGGGGAAAACUGAGGCAAGGAGAGGUUAAGAUUCCCAAAGUCAUAUGGUUCCAGGGUCUAUGCUCUGAACCCAUGUACCCUACUAAUGGGUGUUAUGUGGUGAAUUAGGAGAUCUAGCUUCUAGUCCUUAAGUUGCCAGUAUGUGAAUGAUUUGGAGGGAAUCACUUUCAUGUUUCUGGGCAUUUAGCCAUUCCCUGAACAGUUUAAAAAUUAUUUUUCUAAUUUUUUACUAAAAAGCUACAAGAGGGAAUGUGUGUGCACUAAGUUUUUUCAGUCAUGUACAACUCUUUGUGGCCCCAUGAACUGUAGCUUACCAGGUUCCUCUGUCCAUGGGAUUCUGCAGGCAAGAAUACUGGAGUGGGUUGCCACUCCAGGGGAUCUUCCUGACCCAGGGAUCAAACCUGUGUCUCUUAUGUCUUCUGCAUUGGCAGAUGGGUUCUUUACAGCUAUGCCAAUAGCAGCUCAAUAACACAUUGUUUCCAGGCUUCUUUAGUUAUAAGGAAGAAAAAUCGACUCAAGGUAACUUGAGUGAAGGGGGAUUUAUCCAAGGAUAUAAUAGAUGACCUUUCAGAUAUCCAAAGACAGGAGAAAACAGUCUCUGUCCUUCCAUGGUCUCCUUUAUCUCUGUCUCCUGUUUUUCUUCACUGAUUUCUUUGUUUAAACAUGACUGCCGCAGCUGUGAUACAGUGUGACCCUUUCUUGAAUUUCCUAUCUUUAUAUGACAUAGAUUCCUUUGAGUGCAAAUUCUUGUGACAGAAUCUAACUUGACCAGACUAACCUAUGGAUUUAUUCCCCUUGGGCCAGGUGCCCAACCUGUGUACAGUCAACCAGGGAGGGAUAAGAACACAUGGUCCAUGGUAUGACUGCCUCUUACAGUAACUAUUUGGAAGAGCGAAGUCUUCAAGAAAUAUAGGAAGGGCCAGCAAAUGGUCUGAUAUUUGCUAUAUCCAUCAUCCUAGCACUAAUGCCAUUUUCAAACAUUCUGUGUGUCUCUCCAUAAAUCAUUGUUUUGACUACAUAGAUAAUACUUUACCAUUUAUUAAACACUUCACUGGGUACUUUACUAGGAGAAUAAUAAAUGUUGGACUUCCAUUACUUUAUCUAUAAAAUAAACGAUCCUGUUUAAUUUAGGAUUCUGCCACUCACAUGCACAUGCACACACACAUUUAUAUUUAUGCAUUUAUUUAUCUUAAUGAAUAUAUUGCUUUUAUUACCAAACCAGCAAGAAUUGACUUAUCCCAAUAAACAUUCUUCAUGAUUUGAGCUAAAGAAGAAAUUCAGUAUCAUUUCUUUAGAGUUGCACCUAGCUUUUAACCAAACAUUAGUAUUAUCCAGCUUAAUCGCCCAGCUUAUUUAUUCUAUUUGACUGUGAAUUACUCGUGUUUUCCAAAACUCAGCCCUACUACAGAAGACCAAAGAUUUGCUAUCAUUGAGAGUAUUCAAAAGAAUGUGAGGUAGAUUCUAAAUAUAUCCCAGAGAGGCACUUCACAAAUGUUUUACACAACCAUUACUUGAUUCUAUAAUUCCCAAAGCAACUACGUUAAUGAGGAUAGAUCUCAUUUACCAACACAUGGUGGUUAUUUAAAAAAUCAUUCAUGUGACUUAGAGUAUCAAAAUUAUAAGAUAUACAAAAUACAAAUGCCCAAUUCAAUCUGUAGUUAGCCAGUUAUGUAUGAGACUUAACAAUAAUUUGAUUUGACUCUUUACUGAAAUGUUAAAAAAAGAAAGAAUUCUCUCUCCUAUUUACUUCAACUUCUUUGACCUAUGGUCAGCAUACUUUUUCUUAUGCACACAUUAGAGAAAAAAGGAAGUAUAGGUUGAAAUGCUUCGUACACACAGGAAACUAAGUAGGUGAAUUUAGAGCUUUGAGAAGAAGAAAAAGAACAUCUUGCCACAGAUUUCCUCAUGAACCGGACGAUUUAGCUAAUUCUUGUGUGUUGUUUUGCCAUAGUUAUGCACAAUUAGUGCUUCAAAUACAGGCAAAAGCUCCAAAGUGGGUAAUUGAAAUUCAGCAAAAUAGAUUUGCCUGGUUUCAUGUCGAUGUUGGUGCUGUGUGCUUAAUUGCUCAGUCAUGUUUGACUCUUUGUGACCCCAUGGACUGUAACCGCCCCCCCAGGCUCCUCUGUCCAUGAGAUUCUCCAGGCAAGAAUACUGUGGUGGGUUGCCAUACCCUCUUCCAGGGGAUCUUGGUGUUUAGACACUGUCUUUUCAUGAUAACUGUGUUACUUAAGUGUUUGUGUGUAUGUGUGUGUAGGUAUGUUUUUAUAUAUUUCUACUGACAAGUUCAAAAUCAUUGGGUUAAAUAUGCUGUAUGUAAAAAGUGGUUUGAGAAAAAUGUUGUAUAUGUUUUUUUCUCUUUUUCUAUAGAUUAAAAUGUCUUUAUUUCACUUUUUUAAAAUGAGUCUAUCUAGAUUAGUCAUUCUAAUUUCUAAGAGAAAUGAAAGACAAUUUUAAAGUUAAAAUUAGAGUUCUAUCUAAUCAGUAUAAUCUUAAGAACACACCCUUUAUCUGAGAUUUAGAGCAAUCAAUUCAUUUAAUUUAAGAAUAACUGAUAGGAAAAGUUCAACAUAAAAGUGGUUUCCAAAGUUUAAAAUGUUAGUCACGGCUCCAUACUCCAGAAUCCCAUCAUCCUCAUUUAAUUCCAAGGUAAAUCACUUGUUAUUUCUGGAAAACUGCUAAUAGUUAACUAAUUCCUUUUUGUUGUUGUUACACAAAGAUUUGAAACCAAUGCACUGUCUUCCUUCUAUCUAGUAGACUAGUGUACUGCCUUGCACACUUGUGGCAUUAUACUUUAAGACCUAAGAUAUGCAGUUAGAAAAAUCCUUCUAAACAUGACCCAGGGACUCCGUUUGUCUAGGACAUAGUUCUGGUGUUAGUCAUAGUCCAAACUCAUUCCUGUCCUGGCCUUAGGUCUAAUCUUCCCAAUUAUACAUUUAUACUCUGGUUCUAAAGCCUAAGGAAGAGACAGAAAAAUAAGACAACUAAAAGAUAAAUAGUGGAUGUUUAUAAACUUUAAAAUAACUUUUAAAUAUAUUUCACAGUCUUCAGGGGAAUAAGCAGAUAAUUUGAAUAUAUCCUUGUAUCUGUCUGGUAUUUUCAUAUACCAUAAUGCACCCCUUUGGAAAAUUCUAGCAGAGACCAUGUAUUUUCUAUGGAGAUACACAAUUAGAUGCUUCAUCUAAACCUGGAACAAUGUGAUUUGAGCUCAUUUGCAGAGGGGCUGGAAAAGCUGAAAAAGUUUGACAACAUUCCUGCUGGGAUUGUCCUAUUUGUGGUGGUAUUUGGAGGCCAUGCCACUUUAGUCAGAUCACUGGGCUGAGGAAAUGAUGCCUACAGUAAAACUUGAGUUCACUGCUUAUCAGGGAAAGUGUGGAGGCUCCCAGGCUGAAGGUUCAUUAGCUCACUCUGUAAGAGCUGUCCGUCAGACCAAGCUGACAGGAGAAUACAUUAAAAAAAAAAAAAAAAAAAAUAGAAGCAAAAAUUUCCUGCUUAGGAUUUUUCCUCAUUGUAUCCCUACUGCCAUCACAUUGUCCACACCAGGGAGUAGACUUUUAUUUUUUAGGCCAUUAUAAUGUUCCAAAUGUCAACCUCUGACCACGGUCUCUCAUGAGCAUGGUUGCUGCUGUCCUCUUUGUAAUCAUCACCUAGAAUGAAUAGAGUAGAAUGGUUCUCAAAGUAUACAAGACUGUAAGGAGAUAGGAACUUAGGUCAUAUCUAUUAGGCCUAGUAGUUUAUCACAGUGACAGAAAUGGAGCAGGCACUCAGGUGUUGGUUGGUCUUAACUGAACACCCAGAACAAAAACUACUAUGUGAAUCUAGCAUAUACAUGGUCU